CUCUGCCCUCUGUCUUCUUAAAAAUUAUUCUGUUUCCGUUGGAAUCCUUAAUGAAUACAAAUUAAACCAAAAUCAUCUCUCUGCCGUUUCUUCCUUCCUUCUUCUCUUCCAAACCUGAAUCAUUGAUUCAAACUAACUUACAAAAGAAAAAUGUUGCACGCCAUAUCGGAAUCGGACAUGACAAGCAUGGCACCAUCGUCGCCACGAUCUCCAAAACGCCCCGUCUUGUACUAUGUGCAGAGUCCAUCACGUGACUCGCACGACGGCGAUAAGUCCUCUUCAAUGCAAACCACUCCUACCUACGCCAGCCCCAUGGAGUCCCCUUCCCACCUCUCUUACGGCCGCCACUCUCUGUCAUCGUCCGCCAGCAGGGUUUCCGGGGGUGGUUAUGGGUGGAAAGGUAGAAGCAAGAGUAAGGGGUGGCCUCAGUCAAAGUGUGAUGAUGUUAUCGAAGAGGAAGGAGAUUAUGAUCCUUAUGGAAAUGGGGUUUCAAGGAGGUGGCUCUGUCAGGUUUUGAUUUGGGCUUCGGGUUUUGUUUCGGCUUUGUGUGUCUUUUGCUUCAUCAUUUGGGGUGCCAGCAGGCCUUUCAAACCCCAAAUUACUGUUAAGAGCUUGACUGUACAUAAUUUUUACUUUGGUGAAGGUUCGGACAUGACAGGAGUCCCAACCAAGAUGUUGACUGUGAGUUGUUCAGUGAAGAUGAAUGUGUACAACUCGGCCACCUUUUUCGGCAUUCACGUCAGUUCCAUUCCUGUCAAUCUUAUGUAUUCAGAGCUGACAGUUGCGACUGGUGAGUUGAAAAGAUACUUUCAACCAAGAAAGAGCCACCGGACUGUGUCAGUGAAUCUAAAAGGAACAAAGGUUCCGCUGUAUGGCGCAGGGGCGGGCUUAGCAGCAUCAGAAGACAAUGGGGAAAUUCCAAUGACUUUAGUUUUUGAAGUCAGGUCAAUAGGGAAUGUUGUGGGAAAAUUGGUGAAGCCGAGGCAUAGAAGGCGAGUCGCUUGCUCUUUGGCCAUUGAUUCUCGUAGCAGCAAAGCCAUCAAAUUUCAGGAGGAUUCGUGCACGUAUCAUUGAAUGGCAAGGUGGUUGAUUUAUCUUUCCAUAUGGAAGAAGAAUACCAUCCACUGCCGAAUCAAUAUGCGGUGGUUCCAGCCCUAGAAUAAGUCAAUGCUCUGGUGUUUGACGUUUUUGUUUUCUUGUGAUGCUAUGUCUAAGAUGACUUGAGCUAUACAGUCAGGCCUUGAUAUCCUGUGUGCGAAACUGUGAGGUACAGA